ACACAGAGGGUAGCGUGGGACGGUAAGUGUUAACACACGGUACGAGAACCCGGCGCACAAGCUUGCUGAAAGGCAUUUGGGCAGUUGUUAUUGUCAUUGUCGUUAUUGUGGUCGGUCGCUUGAUUUCGGUCCGUCGGAUUCCGGCUCUACGUCAACGCUCCGUGAUACAUCAAAGAUCGCGUCACAUUCCACUUGGUGGUGUGGUUCGGUAGGGCUGGUUGUUUGACCGGUUGCAAAACCGAUCAUUGACAGGCGCACGCACACACUCAGACCGAUCUAGAAACGCGAUGUGGGAGAUACUCGAUGAGACUGCAGGUUUGUAUUACACAUCUUGAAGCAACAGAUAGCCACCACUUCAAGACGCUCCGAGUUAUCAAGCGACACAGCGUGCAAUUCAUGCAGAUAAGGGCAGUCGGAGUAGACGGCCACACAGUUCGAAGUGCAAGAUAGCAAAAGGCCAGUCUGUGUUUGAGCGUCGAAUCUGCUGGAAGCGUAACUAUGGCGCUGUGUACGUACGACGCACAGAGCCGCACGUGGUAUGGCAUACGAAUGGUGCCGAUCUACAACCCGAAGGCGAACGUUGGUGAGAUCCUCAACCACAUCCUGCUUCGCACACCCGAACGGAUCAUCCAGAUUGAUAUGGAUAAGGACGAGCGGAUGAGCUGUGCCGACUUUCGGACGCGAAUGAUCCGUUUCGUGCAGAACUUAACGGACGCCGGGCUUCGCAAGGGUGAUAUUGUAGCGAUGGCCAAUGCAAACAGCGUGAAUGUGGCUCCGUUGGCCUGUGCAGUGAUGACGAUCGGGGCAGCUUUCAAUCCAUUAGCGCCAGGGUUCAACGAGGAGGAUAUGGCACACAUGCUGCGUUUGACAGAACCCAAGAUGAUAUUCUGUGACGAUGACAAUGUGAAUGUAGUGAGCAACGCCGUCCGCAGUGUGUUUGACACCGAUCGACCGAUCUAUGUGUUUGAGAGUUCGCGCAGCAACGUGAAGCAUGCGGAAGAUCUACUGAAGGAAACUGGCCGAGAGGAACAAUUUGUACCACCGCAUGUGGGUGAUUCGCACGAGCUCCUGUCGAUGAUACUCUGCUCGUCAGGCACGACCGGACCACCGAAAGGUGUUUGCGUGACGCACGCACAGACGAUCGCGGCGAUCGGUUCCUUCCCGUUGGCGAAACCGAUGACCGUCUUCAACUUCAGUCCGCUCUACUGGGGCACUGGCGUUUUCAUGAUGCUCAGCACCUUCUCCGGUCCCUCGACGCGUCUCAUCACACGUCGUCCAUUCUCGGAGGAAGCGUUCUUCGAGGCGGUGGAAAAGUAUCGGGCUAACUUCGUCUUCAUGCCACCGUCGUACGCCAGCCAGAUCGUACGCCAUGAGCGUGUGGCACAGGUGGACUUCUCCAGCCUGCGGAUGCUAUCGUUGGGUGGAAGUUACGUGUCGGAUGGAUUGCGCGACCGGCUCGAUCGGCUGCUGCCCAACGGGCGGACGUACAAUUCCGUGGGUACGUCUGAAAUUGGUUGGGUGACGAGCGAUUUUGGCAAACGGAAGCCCGGGUCGGUCGGAACACCGACCGUUAACAUUACGAUAAAGAUUGUAGACGAUGCCGGCAACGAUCUGGGCGUUGGUGAGAAGGGACAUGUGCUGAUAAAGGGACCGGAACCGUUCCUUGGGUACUACAAGAAUGAAGAGGCCACUCGGACGACAAUCGAUGAGCGCGGAUUCACACGCUCCGGGGAUGUGGGAUACUUCGAUGAGGAAGGAUAUCUGUAUUUGAUCGAUCGGGAAAAGGACAUCUUCAAGUAUCGCGGGUUUCAUGUGUCUCCGAGUGAGCUGGAAGCGAUCAUUGCCCAGAUUGAAGGCGUUUUGGAGGUUUGUGUUGUUGCAAUACCGGCGGACGCUGACCGGACGACCGAACUUCCGACGGCUGCCAUCGUGCGUGUGGCAGGAAGUUCUCUCGGUGCAAAGCAGGUGAUGGAGAUUGUUGAUGGGAAGGUGUCUGACUUUAAACGGCUUCGGGGGGGAGUUUAUUUUGUGGAUCACUUGCCCAAGACACAGACCGGGAAAAUCUUGCGCCGUAAGGUGCUGGAGAAGGUGCUGCAGCUGGCGGAGAAGAACACCGUAACCACUUACGUUUAAUGUUUAUUUUAAGGUAUUUGGUAAUGGCUCUUUCAAAAGAAAUAAAUUUUCAAUUCAAAUAAAAAAUAUUUUCAACCUU